AUGAGGGCUGUUUUAGGAAUCAUCAUGUACACCGGCCUUGUUCGCUUGCCGGCUUACAACCAAGUGUGGAGUACAAACGCACUGCUUAAUCUUGGCAUCAAGAGCAUCAUGUCACAGGACUAUGUGACUGAUGAGUCAAUUAAGCAGGAAGUCCUGGAGAAUGAUCGUGGGGCCAUGCACCAGGUAGUGAUGGAUGUCUCGGCUAGAUACCUGAACAUUGGACACCAUAUUUAUAUGGACAAUCUGUUUUCUUCACCGAGUAUUUUUGAAGAGCUGGCUAGCAAAGACACCGGUGCAUGUGGGACACUGAGGGCCAACCGGAGAGGUGUCCCCAGUGCUAUCAAACCGAACAAGUCCAAGAAGGACGAUACACCUUUAGUGGUAAAGGAAGGGGAUAUCACAUACAUUUCAUGGGCAGACAAGAGAGCAGUAAAGAUUAUCACGUCUGUGCACAACGGAGACACGUUCAUCAAAGAAGUCAGAGCAAAGAAUGGUCCAGACCACAUUAGGAGAUAUGUCAAACCCAAAGCCAUGGAGCAAUACACACAGAAUACGGGAGAAGUCGACCUUGCCGAUCAGCUUCUCUGGCACUCCCUGAACAUCCACGGAUCCUGCAAGUGGUGGAAGAAGAUCUUCUUUGCCCUCCUCAAAGUCGAAAGAAUGCAGAGGAACAACUACCGGCGAUAUAACCAGCAGCAGGUGGAUGAGGCAGUAGAGAGGGUCAAAGUGGACAAAAUGUCGGUUAGGAAGGCUGUGGAGCUCUAUGGCAUCCCGAAAUCAACCCUUAUCGAUGAAGUGAGUAAAGAGAGUGGGUGA